AUGACCCGGCACGCCUACAACUGUCGCGUUCGCGGCGACCAUAUCGUUGAGAUUCACCGCGCGAACGGAGUCGAGGAGCUGGACAUUUCUUUCAAGCGAACUGUGAGAGUUCCAGAUAACUAUGACCACUCCAAACUACCUCCUGAUUUGGGUGAUUACCCACUCUUCAAAAUCAAGGACUAUGCCCACAUUUUGCCUGCAAGCAUGGUCGCAAAAGGAGGACUCUUCAUGCCAAUGCACCCGAUGGAGGCAAUGUGGAUCAACUUUUCAGGAAGUACACCUUUCGCGGUCAAAGUCUACGCUGGUGCCGUGAACAUCGUCUCAGGUGAAGCAGCUGCCGAGACAGAGGAGGCGAAGCGCCAUCGCCAUGAUCAUUCUUCGGAGGACGAUAUCGUACAAGACUACGUGGUCGCUCCUCAUCAGCAAUGGUUGGAUGGUGUUACGUGCGACGAUGGAUACGUCCAACAAUUUGUUGCUAUGGAUCUUGGCAAUCGAUAUACUGUUGAGGCUCAGGUCACUGGACAAGAGGCAUGCGGCGGUCUGCAGUUUGAGGUUACGCCUGUCAAUCUGGGCAACCUUUUCUCCAUACUGGUCAAAAGAUUAGGAGGGCAAACAACCAGAUUGGCGAUUGGCGCCCAGAGCACAGUUGCUGACGUGAAGAAGCUGAUGGCGUUGAAAGAAAGUAUUCCAGCAGUUCAGCAGAGGUUGAUCUACGCAGGACGUCAGCUCGAAGAUUGUAAGUGCUCAAUCGGUUGCAAAUUGAUGUCCCCUAACGGUCCAUCUAGCGCAGCGCUAUUGGGGAUGAGAGGAGGGGGUAGUGGCCCACCUCCUAACAAUUGCCGAGAGAUGGGCAUUGCUGUAGGAGGAUUGAUUGAGCAGGCCAUCUUCCGAGAUCCUUACCCUGCUGCCGCGUGGAACGCCGCUGCAACGGUCGUUUUCAACGUGCAGAUCCUUAACUCGUCCACAUUCGAAGCUAUCACAGGCACCCCGGCCCCAGACACUCCGAUUACCAUGGAUACCUAUACCGAGCUCGGCCUACCAUUCUUUGAACUCCCAGAAGAAAAGAGCGGUAUACAUGGGCGUUAUGACUUGAUAUCGGUUGGAGAGCGCCUGGGUCUGAAAGAGGAGGGCCUCCCAGUGCCGCCAACUCACGUCCUCGGUAAUUUUCAACCAAGAAAGUCGAUGGGCAUACCAAGAGGCAGCGAAGCCAUUUCGGAUGAUGACAUAACCAAUCCCGCAGGUCCAUUGUUGAAGUUCCGCCCUUUCUCCGAGUUCGUGAAGGAGGUUGAGGAUUUGUCGAUCCAUGCAUCUGAAUGAAACAUUGAGAGAAGCAGUUGUGAUCUAGGAAAUUGGUCAAAUUCAU